UAUUCCAAUGUUUUGACGUUUCUUUCCGGCAAACAGCAGGAUCAGUACCUGUGAGGCAGAAAAUUGAUUUCUCGAAAGAAACAUCCCUAGUUUUCAGAAAUCGCCAUGGAUGCAGAGUAUGACUACGUGGUGUUAGGAACAGGUCUUAAAGAAUGCGUUCUAAGUGGCCUUUUGUCGCUGAACAAGAAAAGGGUUCUUCAUAUGGAUCGAAACAAAUAUUACGGUGGCGAUUGUGCGUCGCUCCACCCGCUAAAUCAGCUGUAUGAGACAUUCGGCCGCACCGAUUUUCCCGGAGAUUCGCUUGGGAAACCCAGAGAUUAUAACGUCGACUUAAUCCCUAAGUUCCUCAUGGCUGAUGGUACACUAGUGAAAAUACUCGUACACACGGGUGUAGCGACGAAAUAUAUGAAUUUCAAGCAGAUCGAAGGAAGCUUUGUUUACCGUGGAGGGAGCGUCCACAAGGUCCCCGCAAACGAGAAAGAGGCUCUCAACUCUAGUCUUAUGGGGAUUUUCGAGAAAAGGCGCUUCAGGAAUUUCCUCAUUUUCGCACUAGGCGUCGAGCCGGAAAAUGCUUCUACUUGGAAGGAUUAUGCAGGAGGGAAUUUUGACCCAAAGAAGACCACUAUGAACGAUGUGUUCAAAGCGUAUGAUCUAUCGCAGGACACUGCAGAUUUCACGGGUCACGCUAUCGCGUUGUACCGAGAUGACGAGUACAUGAGUAAACCCUGUGAAGAAGCAAUCAUGCGAAUCAAGCUAUAUUACCAGUCCUUGUCCAAGUAUGGAGGGUCCCCCUAUAUCUACCCAGUAUACGGCCUGGGGGAGCUCCCCCAGGGGUUUGCCAGGCUGUGUGCAGUUUGGGGUGGCACCUACAUGCUAGACAAAGCUAUUGAUGAGGUAAUCAUGGAGAAUGGUGUCGUCAAAGGUGUUAAAACACAGGGUGAAGUUGCUAAGGCAAAGGUUGUAAUUGGCGACCCAUCCUACUUUCCAGACCGCGUGAGGUCUAUUGGGAAGGUGGUACGAUGUAUUUGCAUUCUGUCACACCCUAUCGCCAACACCAAUAACAAACAGUCAUGCCAGUUGAUUAUUCCACAGAACCAAGUCAACAGAAAUUCUGACAUCUACAUCUGCUGUGUCUCACAAACCAACCUGGUCACUCCUAAAGACAAGUACCUUGCUAUUGUCAGCACAACUGUUGAAACAGCAGAUCCUGAAAAAGAGCUGGAACCAGGCUUAAAGCUUCUUGGGAAGAUUGAUGAAAAGUUUGUUUCUGUGAGCAAUUUGUAUGAGCCGCUGGAUGAUGGCACAGAAAGCAAGAUUGUUAUUUCCAAGUCUUACGAUGCCACAACCCACUUCGAGACAACUUGUGACGACAUUAUGGACAUGUACAAGAGAAUCACUGGCGAAGAGUUUGAUGCCAGCUGUAUCGAAAUCAAAUUGAAAAUGAAGGACUAGUAGUCUCGCAGUAGAGUAUAAAAUCUAAUCUUAAAGAUUUCAGAUUCAUUAAUCGUACAAGGGUUGCAUGUUAAAGGAACACUCUGGUAUAUGCAGCUUUUUAAAGCAUUUUUCCAUUUCUUAUUGUUUUAUCUGUCACUACUGGUAUAGCUGAAAUUUGUUGAUAUGUGAUGGUUUUACCAGUUAGAAAGAUAUGAUUUGAUUUGUUCAGUAUACUGUAGGUUGAACAUUUGUGGAAUUCUCAAUGUACUGGGGCUUGAAGAUUGACCUUCCCCUCUAUUUGUUUAGGGCAAUUUGCAGCAGUCAGAGUAGGUUGAUUUCAGUUCAAAUGUAAAAUAUUCAAAUAUUUCAGAGUUUAUUUUUAAAAAUUUAUUUUAUUUAUUUAUUUAUUUACUUUAUAGAAAUAUACUACAUGAGAUGAUAUUUCUAGCUGAAGGGAAAUUUAUGAAAUCGAAUUUAAUUACAAAGUAUAGAAUAUCUGAUUCAAUCAGUGGAUUUCAAUAUUUUUUUAAAAUUAAUUAGUAUCAAACAAAUAUUAAUAUGAAAUAAUGGUUUACUUUAGGGUAAAUAAUUUGUCCAGUAAUGUUUAACUUCAAAUAAAUGCAGAUAUGUACUAAAUUCA